AGUCUAUAGGUAUGAUAGAGGUAAGUUGCUUGGUGGAGAGCAUGAGUCAAAAAUUUGUUAUACGAUUUCAUUUUUUUACGAAAGCAGAGUCAAAGCGCUUACUCUAAAUUCAUUCACAUCUAUAGAAGAAUCAACGAUGAAUCGCAGGAAUCCAGAGACACAACGAUGGCAAUUCUAUCAUCCUGCUUUCCAGAGAGACCGGCCUCAUCUUCGUAAUAAUAUCAAGAGAAAAUCAGCACGCUCAGUCAAUACUGCGCCAACAUAUUCUCGGGUUGUAUUUGAGCGUGAUAAGGGAUACUAUGUUCAGCAGGAAUCAUCCACUCGACCUUUUAAUGGUCAAGGCAGCCAUAAUCGCUCUAAUAACUCAGAGCACUCACAGGAGCAGCACAGGCCCAGCCAUUCUCAUGGAGCAUCACAAGCUGGCUCAAUACCUCAUCACUACAACCCUCAUACAUCCCAGGUUCACCGCUCACCGCACGAGUCUUUACAGCGCCCUCCUGUUCCCCGGCCAGACUAUAGGCCUCAUGCUGGCCAUCCUGGCGAGCCUAUUCACCCUCGUGACGAAAAAGAUCACAUGCCUUCAAACCACCAAAUAGGUUCCCCGCAUCAACAUAUCGCGAGAGUAGAUCAUGACACCCAGCAUCAUCAGCAGUAUCCAGGGCCGCAUUACCAUUCACAACAGCAGCACCAGCAUCAAUCUCAUCCAUAUGCGAGCCCUCAUCAACAUCAGUACUCUUACAAUGGACCGCCUUCCCAAGCUCACCAUCCCUCCGAACAUGGAUACAGCCACAAAUCACAAAGCUUCAAUUCACAUAAUCCUCCCCCACCAGAAUCCCAUCAUGCUGGGCCACCCCUUCCACAUACCGCAGGAACAGGAAGGCUUACUCAUCAGGGCCAUGGGUAUCAUUCAAGUAGGGAGCCAGGAUAUCCUGACUAUAGUCAUGACGUCAAACAUGGCACAACCAUGGGCGGAGGACACUUUCGAAGCCAAAGCGCUCCUGGAUCGGAUCCACGUAGAGUAGAAAGUUCACGAGGGCCUCAUCCAUUUAACCAGCAGGAGGUCCCUCGUUCGCCGCCUCAUACCGGAUCUCAACCCUAUUACUCGCGCGAGUCUUAUCCUCCCCCAAUGUCUCCACAUCGUCGUCACCAAGGGUCAAUCGAUGAAAACUCGGGGCCCAGUCGCCGCUAUUCUCCACCACCGGGCACAGGCAUGGGGUUGUCUCAACCUGGCCAGCAGCAGCGCCCUCCAUCAGGUUUAGGUGCGGUUGAAGAGGCUCAAUUGGCAGCUCCAAACAUGGAUCCCGCUUCGAAUCCUAGCUCACAUGAUCUUAUACCCCAUGGUAUAAAGCAAAUGGAAAGCCGACUUCAUUUCGUUGAGGAUGCCUACAUGUCCUUGAGGCAUUUUGCACAGGAGCUCCAAAAUAUUCAAGUUUCUCAGGAGCAGACCAUUGCAUGGAUGCGUGAUCGAAUCGAGCAACUUACCGAAGUUGGUACUCCAAGAGGUAAAAACUAUUUAUCAUUAAGCUAUCAGCGCGUUUGUAACAUUCAGGAUACCUCUCGAAACUCACAUGAGCUCCUAUUUCGGUAUAAUAUAUAAUACACAACAUCUAGAUAUGAUAACGUCUCCACCUCUUGGUCAAGGAAUGGUUCCGUCCAAGAGGAAGGCAGAGUAUAGUUCAGUGGAUUCACGCGAUUGGCCUAGGCGACCACCAGGGGAGUACCAGUCUGGUUUCUCAAGGCAAGCAAAUUCUCCUGGCCUGUCCCCAACCCAGCAAGAACGACAGAUUGGUGGACCGGACACAAUAUCUAGUCGUACACAGGGCUCA